AUGUGGGCAAUUGUAGGGAGAGUUGGCAGUCUCUACUGCCCUGCAGUCUCAGGAGUGUCCACAAGUCUGGGCGAUGAACUCUCUUUCCUAUGUCGUUUUCUUGUUCCUCCUGUAGACUCAUAUGCCUCUGAUCUUAGGAAUGAGAAUGCUCCUGGGAGACCAGUACUCUCUGGCCUUGUUUUUGGUCUGGAGGGCUAUGACAUACCCUUAGCACUGGACACAGAUAGAGACCAGGAUGUCCUGACCUAUGAUGAUGUGCAUGUGAACUUCACUCAGGAAGAGUGGGCAUUGCUGAAUCCUUCUCAGAAGAGUCUCUACCAAGGUGUAAUGCUGGAGACCUGUAGGAAUCUCAGUGCUAUAGGAUACAUUUGGGAAGACAAUACUACUGAAGAAUAUUGUAAAAGAUCUGGAAGACAUGGAAGGUAUGAAAGAAGUUUUACUGGAAAGCAAACCUUUGAUUUUAUUCUGUAUGGUAAUGGCUUUGCAGUUCAGAGUCAUACCCAAAGGCAUAAUGCAGAGGAGCCCUAUGAAGGUAACCUUUGUGGUAAAGCUUUUGUACAGAGGAAUAAUCUCAAAACAAAUAAGAGGACACAUAAUGGAGAAGAAACUUCUGAAUGUAACCAAUGUUGUAAAGACUUUGUAAGAAGCAGUGCUCUGCAAAAUCAUGAAGGAACACAGACAGGAGAGAAACUCUGUGAAUGUAGUCCAUGUGGUAAAGCGUUUGCAGAAAGGGGUAGUCUCAAAAGACAUAAAAGGACAUGUAAUGGAGAAAAACGUUAUAAAUGUAACCAAUGUUGUAAAGCCUUUGUCCAAAACCGCUUUCUCCAAAAACAUAAAAGGACCCAUAAAGGACAGACACCCUAUGAAUGUCACCAAUGUGGCAAAGCCUUUGCACAGACCAGUCAUCUCCAAAUACAUAAAAGGACCCAUACAGGACAGAAACCCUAUGAAUGUCACCAAUGUGGCAAAGCCUUUGCACAGAGCAGUCAUCUCCAAAUACAUAUAAGAACUCAUACAGGAGAGAAACCCUAUGAAUGUAACCAAUGUGGCAAAGCCUUUGCAGACAGCGGUAAUCUCCAAACACAUAAAAGAACACAUAUAGGAGAGAAACCCUAUGAAUGUAACCAAUGUGGGAAAGCCUUUGCACAAAGGAGUCAUCUCCAAAGACAUAUAAGAACUCAUACAGGAGAGAAACCCUACGAAUGUCACCAGUGUGGCAAAGCCUUUGCAGAAAGCGGUACUCUGCAAAAACAUGUAAGAACUCAUACAGCAGAGAAACCCUACGAAUGUCACCAAUGUGGCAAAGUCUUUGCAGGAAGGAGUCAGCUCCAAAGCCAUAUAAGAACUCAUACAGGAGAGAAACCCUACGAAUGUAACCAAUGUGGCAAAUCCUUUGCACAAAGGAGUCAUAUCCAAAGCCAUAUAAGAACUCAUACAGGAGAGAAACCCUACGAAUGUAACCAAUGUGGCAAAGCCUUUUCCCAUAGAAGUACUUUCCAAAGACAUAUAAGAAUUCAUACAGGAGAGAAACCCUAUGAAUGUAAUCAAUGUUGUAAAGCCUUUGCAGGAAGCAGUCAUCUCCAAAGCCAUAUAAGAACACAUACAGGAGAGAAACCCUAUGAAUGUCACCAAUGUGGCAAAGCCUUUGCACAGAGCAGUCAUCUCCAAAGACAUAUAAGAACACAUACAGGAGAGAAACCCUUUAACUUUUACCAAUGUUCCAAAGCUUUCUCACAAAGCAGUAGUCUCUAAAAUCUUAAAAGUACACGUACAGGAGCAAAACUUUUUUGAAUGUAUCCAUUGUGGUCUUAUAACAUUUAUACAAAGCAAUGACCUCCAAAUACAUAAACAAUCACAUACAGCAGAGAAACCCAAUGAAUGUGUUACAUGUUCUUAAACCCUUAGACAUCACAAGCAUCUUCAACUGCAUGACUGAAUAGGUCCUAGGGAAAAAUGCUUGGACUGUAACUGAUGUGGUAAAACCUUUCCCAAAACAGUCAUCUCCUAGCCCAUAAAAUAAUACACACUGCAUAGGAACCCUAUGAAUGUAAGAAAUGUGGCAAACCUUUUGCAAAUUGCAGUACGUUCCAAGAAAAUAAAAGAAGACAUACUCAAUAGAAACCCUAUAGAAUAUAAUCAGUGUGAUUAUGCCUGAGUAUGUGAACGAGCAAUCAUCUUUCAAAUACAUAAAAGAAGAUAAACAGGAGGGACACCCUAUGAAUGUAAGCAAAGUGUUAAAGCCUUCGCAUAUCAGUCAUAUUCAAAGGCACAAAAUAAACCAUAAUUUAGAAAAAUCCUUUGAGUGUAUUUAAUAAAACCUUAUGAGUACAUUUAACCUGGUCAAACCUUCAUGUAUUUCUAUAGACUUCAUCAACAUGAAACAAUCCGUACCAGAUAAUAACUAUGUGAAUAGAUUUAAUAUGGGGAGGUCUUUUCAAUUCUCCCAUAUCAUCAUCGGGGCAAAAAAUAAAGCUAUGAAGGCAUUGAAUAUGGUAAAGUCUUUGCACAUUUCUAAAGUCUUUAUCAUCAUGAAAAUAAUCAUGCUGUAAAGAUAUGAGUAUAAAAAAUGUGGAAAAGCCUUUGUGCAAUAGGGUUCUCUCAAAUACAGCACAACGCAAACCCAGGUGAUGAAAAUGGUAUGAAUUUAUUGUAAUAAUUCUGCUCCUGGAUCAUGGACAGAAAAUGAACUCAAAGCCUAAACUGUGACAAGUUAGACAUCCCCUAAUCACUGUGAUGCAGAAUGUCAUAGAGCUGCCAUCCCACAAUCAAAAUCUCUGACCAGAAUGGUCCCUGUGUAAAAGAACUGGAAGAACAAAAAUGGAGAAGAGCCUGAGCGAAAGGAGGUCCAAAUUGAGUUCCAGCUCAGUGGGAGGCACCAAGAUCUGACACUAUGAUUCAGGCUAUGGUAUGCUUACACACAGUGGCCUAUAGUGACAAGCUUCUGAUAGAUCCUAGAAGCAGCUGAAAGAGUCAGAUGGAGACAUUUACACCCAACCAAUGGGCAGAAACUGGGGACCCCUGUGGUUGAAUUAGGAAAAGCCUGGAAGAACCUGAAGAGUGAUCCUAUAUGAAUAGCAGCAGUGUCAAUUAACCUGGGCCCCUGGGAUGUCUCAAACACUGAGCAACCAGCCAGGCAGCAUAUACAUGAGCAUAGGAGCCCCCAAGAAAUACAAUAGAGGACAUUUAGGUCUGGACCCAU